UAUCGAAUCCUAUCCUAUCCUGAUUACUCUUAUUUAGCUCUGAUUUAUCCUAUCCUACUCUAUCCUAUUCUGUCCUGUCCUGUCUUGUCUUAUCAUAUCAUAUCCUGUCUUGCCCUAAUUUAUCCUGUCCUGUCCCAACCUGUCCUAUAAUUUCUUAUUCUACCCUGACCUGUCCUGGUCUACCUUGAUGUGACUGAUUCUAUCUCUGUCUCUGUCUCUGUCCUGGCCUAUCCUAUCCUGUCCUACCCUUACUUAUUCUGACUUAUCCCAUAGCAUCCAAAGUUAGCUGUAUCAUUUUCUUCAUUCCAGUCUUUGAGUCUGAAUCUUUGCCUCAUUUUGACUUAUUAGAAUCUGUGACCAAAAUCAUCUGGCACCAAAUAUGUCAUUUCCUCCAUCCAGUGACUCACAUAGUAACUCACAAUGAAUCCAGCUCCAUUUAUAUGUCAUUGUUGUCUGUAAUUUUGAAAUACUUUCAUCCCAGUGUCUGCUCUGUAUGCAUGUGAUAUUUGUGAGGUGCAUAUGUGAUUUGUGUAUGUGUGCGUGUGUGCGUUUGAGAGGUCAUCCACAUCUCUCUUCUACACGGCUCUUAGCGCGGACCCUUUGAUGUGCUUUUAGAAUGGCCAUACAGCUCUCUGCUUUACCUCUCGCUUGACAAUUGUUUAUUAGUUUUGAAACGGCUUUAGUGGACAUCAGGCUCUCUGAGAUGGCGCGUUUGAGAAAAGGACGACUCACAACUCAACCGACCCCUCCUCCCCAAAAGCAGGACCCAGGACAGUGAGUCACAGAGACCCUUUGAAGGGCAAAGGGAGACUUGGAUCUGCUGGGGUAGGGAGUUUGAAGGAAGGAGGAAUGGGUAGGAUGGAUGUUUCAUUUCGAGUGAGAGAAAGUUUGAGAUGGUCACAGAAGAAAGUGUAGGAGAGGAAAAAGACAAGGGAGAAGACCACCCUGGUGUUUAAGAGCUCAUUGUGUGUGAGAUUUAUAGCAAUGGUUACUGGUUGUGAGAGGUCUUUGAGAGUCCUGUGGAAGUGCUAAGAGAGUGCUGUAUAAACGCCUCAAGAGCAUUAGGAAACUGUCAUUAAUGCAACAGGACAGCAUUACAAAGCAGUUUUGUUAAAGUGGACAAGUCUUUGUAUGUGUGCCUUUGUAAGAGGAUAGUGUAAACACUGCACAAAAAUCUGAAUCUGAAUCAUCUUAAGCUGGUAGCUGUGUUUUGUAGCUGGUUUCUGGUUGGCCCAAGUUAUUAAUUAGCUAGAUUUUUUUUAACAGGAUGUGUAGGUGUUGAAAGAGGGUAUACAGUGAAAAAUAUCUAAAAAUCUUUACAUAUAUUGUACUAUUAUAUUCAAGUUUAUUUACGUUCAAACGUAAAACAAGAAAAAAAAAACUUUUAAAGAUACAUAUUGAGUUUUGGACAUUUAACUAGAAAUUGGACAAAUCUUAUAAAUUGUUUAGUUGGGUUUUUUACUCUCUGCAUGAUGUAAUAUUUUGUUUACACAAAUGGUGUGAUUUUGUAUAACCUGGAAGUGACUAGAAGGAAAUUAUUUGUAAGGAAAAACAGUCAUAUGUGUUUGUUUGUUUUUUUUUUUUUUUUUUUACAUGAAGUACAUUCUAGACACACUUUAAUCCCCAUGACUAAUAUAGUCCUUAUGUUAAAAAGAACAGUACAAUGCUAUUAUUAAUCAAGAAGACACUUGAAGUUGCUACGGCUAAAAUUAAUACUGUUAGUCCUUUUUUUGUCUCUGUUUUCAGGAAAUCGGGGUACAACUGCAUUGCAGCUGCUUCCUCCAGUGACUGUCAUAAAACACGUACAUGUACUUGUGAACAUUUUUAUAACAAUUUGAAUCAGAUUAUAUCAAUGUUAUGUUAUCUAUAUUUUGCCAAGAAGUCUCAUUGAGGUUUUUAAUCCUCAGUACUAAUGCAGACUUUGAAUGUUAAAUGUUAUUCAACACCUACGUCUAAAAAACAGCAUUAUGUACGUACUGCAGUCACAACAGCUUGUCAGGACAACAAGGCACUGAGAAAAUAAAUAGGACUGUCUCCACUUGUGUAUGAAGUCAGAGCUACAAUAUAAAAAUAUGCAAAUUGAUAAAAAAAAAAUGCCCUCAAACUUUGUCUAUUUGCAAGUGUGUUUAAUAUUUUUGCAACUGUUUGCACUAAAAAAAAUUUUACUGACAAUUUUUGGACAGUGUUUUGUUUCCUUUAAGCUCUAUUGAACAGUAUUUCGAGGGAGCUAAUAUGAUGGAUCAGUCUGCCCCUAGAUAAACAGUGCUUUAUAUUGGUUUUAGAUUAAUAAUCCAUAUACAGCAGUUUCACCUGCACUAGUUUUUCACUUAAUUUUUCACAUCUCUCAGGAGUCACAGAGUUACUGAGAGUUCACUUCAUCCGUCUUCUCUCAAGUAAAGAGAGACUCCCUGCAAAUACGUCUAAUCUUCCUUACCUCUCUUUCAUAACCAUCACUUUUCCUUCUUGCCGUGGGACAUGAUACGUUCGCUCCGUCAGCUCGAGUCUUAUCGCUGUGUGUAAAGGGGUUCUGUGUUCUGUCAUAGAGGCAGGAGGCCAUAAACACAUAUGAGCAUCUCCCUCACUGUCAAGACUUCCUGAGCCGUGAUUGGCUGAGGGCUGCAUUGUCACCGCAGCUGAUUGGCCUGGCUGAGGAUGAAUGGCCACGCUGACAACCAAUGGGGCCAGAUGAGGGUGAGCCGGAACUUCCUGUGUUGGUUCCACGAAAGGAGACCCUGCAGUUUCCCCCCAGCGGAAUAAGUGCAUGCCUGUGCACGUGGGUGCCCAUCUUAAAUGUUGACAGUGAAGAUGAGACAGGAAGUGAGUGGGUUUGGGAAAGUCCACGAGGCGGGAUUCGAAAUUGGGACACCCGAGGCGCAACUGCACCAUAUGUCAGCGCACUGCCCACAAGGCUGUUGGUGCCGACAGGUCUCUGACAGUGAAGAUGAGACAGGAAGUGAGUGGGAUCGGGAAAGUCCACGAGGCGGGAAUGGGGACACCCGAGGCAUAACGGCACCAUAUGUCAGCGCACUGCCCACAAGGCUAUUGGCACCGACGGGUCUCUUGGCUGAAAGGGUCAUCUGGACAACCUCCUGUCGCAGAGUUUCAGUCACCUUAGAGCGGCCCGUCAUCUUGUUAUCUCAGUGAAAAUUGGAGGAUUGCUACCAGUUAAAUAUGUUUACAAUCCAACGUGGCUCUCCGGGGGGCUCCAGAUGACACCGGCGUGACGAGGAGACCGACGGCAUCGCGUGAUUGGCAGGUGACGUGAUUGACGUCCACAAGGUGGCACGGGAGGCCACAGAAUACACAAAAAUGCUGGAAAACCAAAGAAUUUUGUGGGACCUGAAGGAUUUUUCUGAAGAACAGCAGGGACAAACAAGGGACUCAUGAACAACUAUCACUAAACAAAAAAACACAGCAUUCAAGUAACAACACAGUAUUAAGAAUCAAGUGCAUACGUGCAUACACAAAUAAAGUUAGGCCUGCGGUGCACAUCUUGCAGAACCAGUUUGGAAGACGAGUGAAGAAGCAGGUGUGCAGGAACACCAGCAUGGCUGUGGAAAGCUUUCCUGAACUCCUGCAGAAACUGCGGGAGGUCCAUGAGCAUGAGUUAGAGGGUUGGCAAGAGAAAGUACUGGAGCUGACAAAUAAGAAGAAUAUCGAUUCAAAGCGCAUAGAAGAACUUUACGGCAGGAACCAGCAGAUGAAAGAACAACAGCGGAUUCUUACUGAGAACAUCAAACAGCUGGAGAACAGGUUGCGGGCCGGGUUGUGUGACAGGUGUACAGUCACUCAGGACGUGGCUAAAAAAAGACAACAGGAAUAUGAAAACUCUCAGCUCCAGAGUCUGCAGCACAUCUCUUUACUGGUGAGCGAGAUGAAUGCACUAAAGAAAGAAAAUGACAGACUGAGAGAGGAGCUCAAGAGCUUGAGCGAUCCAUCAAAUCGGCAGAAUGGUCAUUCAGAGAACGCGAUCACCCCAGAGGUUAAGGUGUCACCUGACACAGCAGUGGCUGCUGUGACUUUACUGGCCUCAGGACUAAAGUCCAGCCAGCCUCCACCAGGGGACACCACUGUACCUGCAGCGACUGUCAAACGUGAAACAGACAACAGCCCAACUGACCUGGAAAAAGCUUCUGAACACAAACUUAUGCAAAGCUGGGGCAGGGUGUUUUCAUUUGAAUCAAAUAAGCCAAUGUUGCCUACUUCAAGAUGGGGCACGGACCUCUGUACUGAAAGAAGAUCUUCCAGCGUGGAUUCGGUUGAACACAGACAUUCCCCUUUGUCUCCUUCUCUUCCAUCUCCUCUUAGUCUACUGAAGAACAGUCCUAUUUUUUCUUCUGUCCCCUCUGAGGAACGUAGCAACUGGCAACAAAUCCACGCCCCCGUCCCCUUCCGGCCACUUCCGAUCAAGACCGGUCGCCUAUCCAUCCCAUGGUCGCUUUCAGAAUCUACUGACUGGGUAACAGUAGCAGCGGCCAGCUCUGGUGUUGGUAGCAGCAUAGCGGUUCACCCAAGCCAGAGCCCAAUUCCUAGCUCGAACAUACUGCGUUUCCCUAAACCCAUCCCACCAAGCAGCGGCCACCAGUCUCGCAUACGUGGCCCAACACCUAGCGGCCUGCGGCCCUGGUCACGAAGACACAUGUCAGAGCAUACAGAGAGUAGAGAAAAGAGAGUGACAGAAGCCGUUACAGCGCCGCCCCAGUGGAGAGUCUCAGCAGCGCAGCAAGAGAGGAUUUUUGGUGAGAAUCUGAGAGAGGAUGAAGAAGAUGCACCGUUAGACCUGUCUGAGACGGGACGUUCAAAAAGCAGAGAGAGAGAGACAACACACUCACAGAGUGAUACAUCAUCAUCUUCAUCUUCCUCACCACCUGCUACACUUUCAUCCUCAUCUCAAUGCCCAUCAAGCCCUCAGAGUGAUCAGCAGACGGCAGACAAUAAUACACAGCAGGAGGAAAGACAGGAAACAUGUAAGGAACAGGAAGAAGUUAAGGAAGUUGAAAGAUCUCCAUCAGCUGAAAUGUCUGUCAGCUCAGAGAAAAAGAAAAUCCCACCUCUAACCAUUUCCCUCCAACCAGUUGUGGUUGUGGAGUCCCUUAAAUCAGUAGGACAGCUGUCUGAUACUGGAAGCAGACCAAUGGAACAAGAGGAGAAGGAGAACAAUAACCACGAAGUAAGCAGAAAAAGACCUGGGCAGGAUACUGAUGGUGUUUCCCAGCGCUCACUAAAAGAGAGGAAAAUACGUCUGAGCAGGGGACCUCAAGGAAACCAUGCAGACUCGGAGCAAGGAUGAAGACGAUGGAUUCAACUGUGAUCUGUGAUCUGCUGUGGUUAUUCAGACAGCCAUUUUGUUAUCACCCUUCAACACCAGUUGAAUCACGUUGAAACACUAGACUUUAGCUGCACUGUAUCAAACUGAAUACACAAUUUAGUGCAAACUGGGAAUAAGAUCUAUUAGUAGCAUGUAUCUGAAUUUGUGCUGGAUGAAUUUUCUACUUCACUGGUUCAAUUUCCCAGCCAUCUUUAGCUUUACCAAAACAGGAAGCCAGCUGUUUUUACUGACAAGGGGGCUGUAAAUAAACUUAUCAGCUAGAUAUGUUUUUAUUUCCUCAGUUUGACAUUCUUCUUCUUUUAAAAAAAACAAAAAAACAAAAAGAGUUAUUAUUAAGCACGUGAGUAUGUGUAAUUGCUUGCCAUCUUGUGUUCUUAUUAUUGUUAUGUCAACUCUAACUUUGCGCUCUUUCUCUCUUCCGUGUAAGAGGUGUCGCAUCUCAUCUAUUUUUGUCUCUGUCUGAGCUCUACGGCCUGCUUCUUGUAGAUGUGACAAAAUGAAAAACCCUCUGCUUCCCCUUUUUUUUUUGAGAUGUCAAGCAUAUAUUUUGUAAUAGUGAAUUUUCCACUUGCAGCUGUAAAAGCUUUCAGAGUGUGAAAGGAGGAAGGGUAAAACUGUGAAGAAAAAAGUCUACUUUUUUAAACUUUCUGUACCAUUGUUUCAAACUAACUGUUAACCUUUGCCUUGCACCAUUUUUAGAGAUCAUUUGGAGAAUGCUAAAAUUCUUAAUUUUCUAGACACUAGCAGGAUAUAACAGUAACCUAACAACCAACAUCUAAAUAAAUAAAAGUACUGAUAGCUGUGGUCAUAUUUAGUGAUGCAUCACCUAUAAUUGGUUUAGGAUGUGGGAAACACCUGUUGCAGGAAGAGGUUAAAUCGUUUUCACCGUCAAGAACCUGAGUGGAACAAUUCAGAAUUUUUUACUUGAAUACACUAAUCACAACAACACUUAGCAUACUUACUUUUGUAUACUUUACCAAGUUGUAUGAGCAAAGUACAAAGGUAAAAAUCCCAGUAAAAACCCUUGGAUCAACA